GAAAUUUUCUUCCGACUAUUAUUUGUUGUGCUUGGAAGAUUCGGGAUUAACUCGGAGGACGGGGAGAGGAAGUUGCAGCUUUUGAUGAGCUAAAUACCUACUGAAGUCGAGUCAUCAGGUUCUGAUCGUUCUGAUAAGUGAAGCCUUAGAAAUAAUACUAGAGGAGGGCCAGUGCAAGUGUGCCCCCUGCUCAGAAACACUUCAACUUCGACUUUCUGUGUGGAAUUUAAUCCUCUAGGGUUGAGUUGGAAUUGGCUGCUGUGAUGUCUGAUACUAAGAAAAUAGUCUAUUCAAUUAUUCAAUUCUUGAACGCCCAGCUUCAUGAUGGCAGUUUGUCACAAGACAGUCAGGAGAGUCUGGAGGUGGCCGUUCAGUGUCUGGAGACGUCGUUCGGCCUCAGCGCCAAUGACACACACCUGAGCGUCGACAAGACGCUGCCGCAGAUCUUCGCAGAUGGGCUCAAACAGACGGCGUCAGCUGCCGGUAUCACGGCGGCUGCCCCGGCGCCGGAGCCCGCCCCGCGCGCUCCGGAGGCCACCCCCGAACAGAAAGAGCGUGCCGAGGCGCUGAAGAACGAGGGUAAUAUCGCCGUCCGGGAGGAGCGUCUGCACGAGGCGGUCGACAAGUACACACAGGCGAUCGAGCACGACGGUAACAACGCAGCGUACUUCAGCAACCGGGCAGCGGCGUACACCAAGCUGGGUAACUACCUGGCGGCCGUGGAGGACGCCCAGCGCGCGCUGCAGAUCGACCCCACCUACACAAAGGCCUACAGCCGGCUGGCGCUGGCGUAUGCUGGUUUGAACCGGUUCGAUGAGGCCAAGGCGCAGAUUAAGAAGGCUCUGGAGCUGGACCCGACCAAUGAGAGCUAUCAGAAUAACCUGCGGGUGAUCGAGGCGCGGAUGGGCGACACGAUAACAGCGGCCGGCGGCGCGCCGGGCCUGGGCGGCCUGCCCGGUGGGUUCGGUAACAUUGCCAACAUGGGCGGACUCAACCUGGAGGCCAUGCUGAACAACCCGGCCAUGAUGAACGUGGCCGCGCAGAUGAUGCAGGACCCCAACAUGCAGCAGAUGAUGAACAACUUGAUGGGCGGUGGGGCCGGAGGGCCGCCCGGAGCCGGCGUACCGCCCGGGGCCGGAGCGGGGGCAGGAGGGGCUGGAGGCGCCGGCGGCUUCGAGGCACUCCUACAGGCAGGUCAGCGGCUAGCCGAGCAGAUGCGAGCCUCCAACCCGGAGCUGAUCGAGCAGCUCAGGCAGCAGAUGGGCGGCAACCAGCCGCCGCCGCCGCCCCCGCCCACGUCAGGGGACAGCUAGACGACGAAGGAGACGGCGUAUGGCAGGCGGGUCCGGCAGCGCAGCCCGGCGCGGCGGUCGGUACCAUUUUGUACUACAUGCUCGUGACAAUACCCGUUCCGCUUUCCAAGGCCUGGCGUGCUCGGAUUGCCCGCAUUAUAUAUAGGCAUCAAAUAAUACAGAUUACUGAGAAUAAUC